UGCGCUUUGGUCGAUGCUUAAUUCGUCUUCCGUGUUUUGUGUCGACGAAGAAGAACAUGCUCGACCCAAACAGACGCCGCUCACACACGUGAGAGGGACAAACUGCAGAGAUUACAGACCUCCGUGUGUCUGAAUGCAGCUUCACUGACCGUCAGAAACAUUCACGAAGCUCCGCACGAUGCUGUUUACUCGGAGGUGCGUUCAGUGUCUGACGGCGGUCGGAAACAGGCAGGUCAUCAGAUGCUGCUCCGCUGCUCAGGGUGAAGUGAGGGUCAGGUUUGCACCGAGUCCCACAGGUUUCUUACACCUCGGCGGCCUUCGAACCGCUCUCUAUAAUUACAUCUUUGCCAAGAAGUAUGGAGGUGUGUUCAUCCUGCGACUGGAGGACACCGAUCAGAGCAGGCUGGUACCAGGAGCUGCAGAGUCCAUAGAGGACAUGCUGGAGUGGGCUGGUCUACCUCCAGAUGAGAGUCCUCGUCGAGGCGGCUCUGUUGGUCCUUACCUGCAGUCUCAGAGACUAGACCUCUACAAUCAGACAGCCAAGCAGCUUGUCGAGAGCAAUCACGCCUACUACUGUUUCUGCAGCUCUCAGAGACUUGACCUGCUCAAAAAAGAGGCCGUAAGGAGUGGACAGAUACCUAGGUAUGAUAACAGGUGUCGUCACCUUCGGGCUGAGCAGGUCCAGGAGAAACUGGCUCAGGGAGUGCCACAUGUGAUCAGGUUUCGGUUGGAAGAAGGUGUCGAGCCUUUUCAGGAUCUGAUCUUUGGAAAGAAUCAUCAUGACGUAGCCCAGGUGGAGGGGGACCCUGUAGUGAGAAAAGCAGAUGGUUUUCCCACCUAUCACCUUGCUAACAUAGUGGAUGAUCAUUACAUGAGGAUCAGCCACGUGCUGCGAGGGUCUGAGUGGCUCAUCUCCACCUCUAAACAUCUCCUCAUGUACCGUGCGCUUGGAUGGCAGCCGCCCACCUUUGGACACCUGCCACUUCUGAUGAACAAAGACGGCAGCAAACUGUCCAAAAGGCAGGGGGACAUAUUCAUUCAAAGCUUCCAGAGAGACGGAGUCCUGCCGGAGGCUCUGCUGGAUAUCACGACCAACUGUGGAUCUGGAUUCAACACCAAUCGAAUUGGCCGGAGGAUAGAUGAACUGAUCUCUGAGUUUAAUCCAGAAAAAAUAACGACACAUUCAGCUCUGAUAGACCUGGAAAAACUACCAGAGUUUAACAGAAUUCACCUACAGCAUCGCAUUGAGAAUGAGGAGCAGUGCCGUUUGCUGAUAAAGGAUCUGCAGGAACAGAUCCAGCAGGCCUUUAUAGCAGAGAUCCAGGGCAGAGACGUACUACAUGAGGAUUAUAUCAGGCGGGUGCUACAUCUUCGUAAGGGUCACAUAUCCUCCCUUAAAGAGCUUCUAAGUCCGGCUUACUCUUACCUGUGGGUGCGUCCUUCCAUCUCCAGCCAGCAGGUGGCAUCCCUCACUGCAGAGGCCCAUCAUAUUGCUUCAUUAGUGCUAAAAUUAAUAGCUGAGCGAGGUGAAGAGCUCACUGUGGAUCGACUCAAUAAAGAUCUGAAGACUCUGGCGAAGCAGACUAAAGCCACCAAGUACAGAGAAUUGAUGAAGCUGCUACGUCUGACUCUCAGUGGUCUGCAGCAAGGGCCCAGUGUUGCUGAGAUGAUGGUGUCUUUGGGGCCUGCAGAGAUCAGCCACCGAUUUAAGAAACUUGUGCUGCUCUCAGAGACGAGUUAAACACCGGACGGCCUGUCACCUCACAGACUAAUGAACAUGAUGUAAGACAAGAGCUGCUGCAUGUUGGGAGUUACAUCCAAACACCUGGUGAUUCUGCCAAAACCGUCUGGGACACAUUUAAAAUGAACUGCACCCGGCUGAAAGAAGUGGAAUAAUACUUGAAUUAUUAUAAAUAUUUUAUUAAAAAUGGUUUUACUCA